AUGCCCACCCACAGCGAUGCGCCAGCAAAAAAGGGCCCAGCCCGUUCAUACUCGCGGCAACACAGCACACUCCCCGCUGACGCCUCGUUCGUUAGCAACGGGACGGUCCUAUGGACGAACGAUGACCCAGAUGUUCGGCUGAUCGAGCCUAGGCUCAUGGUGUCGAUCAAUGUGAAUUGGAUUCGAUUUCCGUUAAAGGAAAAGGAGCCCGAACAUCGCCGCUUCACCAUCAUCAACCAUGGGGAUACGCCGGUGGCUUUUAAGCUGCGCUGCUCGGAUAACUAUGCCUACUACUUUAACAAGGUCUACGGCCUGAUCCCGGGCCGGAGGAUGAACGCGCUCCCGGAUUCGCGUGACGUGUCGUGCUUUACGGUUGCGGUCUGGCGCCGCCCUAACGACGCCUUCGACAUUCGGGAGGUGGAGGGGCGGCACAAGGACCUCGUUGAGAUCCAUCUCGCUCCCGCCUAUUCCUUCUCCAUCCCGCCGGAGUCGUUGUUUCAUCGUGAAGCCGCCUACGAGCAGUUGCGCAUCUGCUUCGAGUACACCGCCGAGGCGAAGAGCGGUGAAGCCGAAACGCACUGCCUUCUGCGCCCCGACAUGAAGUACUGGAACACUUGGGGCGAGCGAGGGAGCGUCGCCUCCGACGACGAGGAGCCGCCCUCCGAUAUU